AUGUUUUCACCGACCUUCACCACAGAUUCUCGUUCAAAACAUGCUCGUUUACAAUCAAUUGAUUAUCAUAUAAGACCACAUUCAAAACGAAAGGUUGCUUACUUUCAUCAUAAAGAAGUUGGAAAUUUUCAUUUUGGUAUGCAACAUCCAAUGAAACCUCAUAGGCUAACCUUGACUAAUGACUUGGUUCUCAAUUAUCGAAUGCAUGAAAAAAUGAGUGUUUUUUGUCCAGAAAAAGCUACUGAUAAGGAUCUAGUCGAAUUUCAUGAAGCUGAUUAUAUAAAUUUUUUAAAAAAGGUGACUCCUGAUAAUUCAAAUAAAUUUAUAGAUGAGUUUCAAAAAUACAAUAUCAAUGAAGAUUGCCCAGUAUUUGAAGGAUUAUAUGAUUUUUGUAAAAUUUAUGCCGGUGCCUCCAUUGCAGCAGCAAAUCGAUUAGUAGCAGGUGGCGCUGAUAUAUGUGUAAAUUGGAGCGGUGGAUUGCAUCAUGCAAAAAGACUUGAAGCUUCAGGAUUUUGUUUUGUUAAUGAUAUAGUAUUAGCUACACAAUAUUUGUUAAGGUACUAUCCUCGUAUUUUGUAUAUUGAUAUUGAUGUUCAUCAUGGUGAUGGUGUACAAGAAGCAUUUUAUAAUACUGAUCGAGUGAUGACUGUAUCAUUUCAUAAAUAUGAUAAAGACAAUUUUUUUCCUGGGACUGGUAAUUUGAAUGAGAUUGGGCAAGGUCCAGGAAAAUUUUUCUGUCUAAAUGUUCCAUUGAAAGAUGGAAUUGAUGAUGAUAGUUAUGUUUCACUUUUUAAGGAAGUUAUACAGGAUGUAAAUGAUCGUUAUCAUCCAAGUGUAGUGGUUUUUCAAUCUGGUGCUGAUUCAUUGGGAAAAGAUAGACUUGGUGGAUUCAAUUUGAGUAUAAAAGCACAUGGAGAAUGUCUUCGAUUUAUAAAAGAAUGGAAUCUUCCAUUACUAGUACUUGGUGGCGGUGGAUAUAAAAUACAUAAUGUUGCACGUUGUUGGACUUAUGAAACUAGCAUUUUGUUAGAAACAGAACUACCAACAGAAUUACCAAAGAAUUCAAAAUAUUUUCAUUUUUUUGCUCCAGACUAUUCAUUACAUCCAAAUCUAAUCAGAAGAGUAGAUAAUUUCAACACAAAAUCCGAAUUAUCAAAAUUAACUCAACUAGUUCACGAGCAAUUAAGAUUCUUAGAUGGUGCUCCCAGUGUACAGAUGCAAGAGAUUCCUGGUGAUUCACAUGAAUAUUUGGAGGAAUCUGAAGAUGAAAUAAGAGACGCCAGAGAAGAACAUAAUAUCGAUGAAAGUAGAGCUAAAAACAAUAACUUGUCAAAGUUGUCCUUAGAACCGAGAAUUGGAACAGCUCCUAUUGAUGUUAAUGAGCAAGGAAUAGAAAUCUCUCAACCUAAUCUAGAAUCUACAGAAAAACUUGCUCGUCAAAUGCAAAAGGUAUGGGGAGAACGUCAAUUCCGUAAUUUGACAAUUGAAUCUUUAGAAGCUUCUGAGGAAGACACAAAAAAAACUAAAGUAAAAAAAGAAGAAAAAUCCAAAAAAGCUGUAUCUGAUUUAGAAUUAAUGAAAGAUACUAUUAAAACAUCUAUUGUACAAUCAUACAGUGAAAUUAAUGUUGGUAUUGAUGUAUUAAAUUUAAUACUAUCAGAAACUCGUCAGAACUUUGUUCCUACAAAUCCACUUCCAAUCCCGGCUGGUAUAAUCCAACACAAAUAUCAUAGUUAUACUCAACCAAAUACAAUUUCACAAAUUCAGAACACAAAAUUGAUGUUGGGAAUGAAGCGAAAAUUAAAAGAUAUAGUAGAGAAAGAGCGUACAUUUUGGAAUGAAGCUAUAUCGUUAAGACAACAUCAUUGGAGUUUGUUACGUACGGAAAAUAAACAAAUAUUUGUUGAUUAUGGAUAUUCAGAAGCUGGAUCAAAGUAUCAUGUAAAAUCAUAUCCACAAAUAUUAAGAACGCCUGAUGAAAAACAAAUAGCAAUAUCACUACCACAAAAGCCAAAGAAAGCGGUGAAAUUAAUAUUACAACAAAAAUCAAGUGUUCAAGGUGACUCGAUACAAGAGAAUUCUUUACCCCGUUCAGAACCGGUUGAUCCAACAAAUAUUCAUCAGCAACUUAUUGCAGCUCAAAAAGCUAUUUUUGAAGGAGAGUUGUUUGAAAAACUACUGGAAGAAGCAAUCUCAAUACCGGGAAUAAAAAUCAUCGAGAAUGAAAUAUUUAUUCAGAUUUAUGAAAAUGUAGAUUUGACAAUUCAAUGGGCUAAUUUGGAUACGCUUGAAGAAUCUCAAUCAAUGGAUGAAUAUAUGUCACCUGGUUUAGAAACAAAUAAUUUUUUUAACGUAACUAUUUCGCCAGAAUCUUCAACAUGUACUGUAUUCAAAUUAGCCAUGGAUUUAUUGGUGAGAAGAUUACAUCGCAGAAAUUUGCAUGGACAACAAGAACUCAAUUCGAUUACCAGAUCGUUGAGAAACGGAGGCGUUCCAUUACAAGUUCAUUUCAUAUCUAAUUUGGGUAGUGGAAAGGAUUUAAUCGAUGAAAUAUGGAAAAAACUUGGAAAUGACAAUGUACCAUUAUUUAUUGGAAUGAUGAUUAUAACAGUUGAUCACAGACAUAGUUUACGAUUUACUUUGGAAUCACCAGAAACUGUGAUAAUUCAUUUACCACAAGUCGACAUUAGAACAAGAGAUUUAACACAAUUCCAAGAUAUACUUUCCAGGGAACUCACAUUAUUAUUACUGAAAAUAAUCUAUCAGUUAUUAAAUUAUUUAAUUGGCUUAAAUGACUUGAUAUCAGAUAAUAAUGAUGGAAAAUGGAUUCUUGACAUUGCAACUUUAUCAAUUUUCAGAGAAUUGCCACCAAUAUUGACAACGAAAUUGUCUGCUUCUUCUUCCAUGGAAAUAACAACACCACCAUCAAAAAAGAAAAUUGUUAAUCAACCUGGUGGUAAUAUAGAUGUUAUGGAAUGGAAUCAAACAUAUUGGAGAAGGCCCGUAAAAAUAUCAAUUCUUAAUCAACAUCCAACACCUGAUAAAUUAAGUGUAAAGGUUGAAACGACAUGGGAUGAUGAUAAUAUUCUUGAAGAUGUAUUGGUGAUUGGUAGUAAUGAUGGCAGUAAUGUUGGUGAAGUAGGAAAAAAUUUAAGGAAAAAAUUUAUUUGGGUUGCCACAAAUAGUGAAAAUAAUGAUGCAGCCUUUUGGUCUAAGGUAUCUCAACUUGGUUUAAUUCAUUUUUUCAGUUUAUUAUCAGAAAGUUCCAGAGAAUAUGAAAUUUUUAAAAAAGCAUUUUCUGGUCUUUCAAUACAAAGAAUAAGACAAAUUCGCAAAACAGAUUCUAGUGCAGUUACCAACCCUGAUUUGAUAUUAGACAAUUUUAUGAAGUUUGCAGAACUUGUCAAAAAACUUGUAUAUUCUGAGGAUCUUAACUAUAUAACUGGAUCAACCUUGCCACAUGAUGAAACAACAAUUUCUUCAAUUGAUGAUAUACAUCCAAAAAUAAAUUAUAUUUUACAAAAUGAUGCAGUUGCUACACAAGUUCGUGCUAUUGCAUUAAAGGUUCCUAUUGGUAAAAUUCCACCAAUGAUAGUAGCAAUGUUGCCAACAAAAGAUGGAGCUAAAUCUGAAUUCAAUGCACAAUUAAUCAUUAUGAAUGAAGCAUCUGGUUUUCUUGAAUAUAAAGAUGCUUUCUAUAAUAUAAAUUUCAAAGCUCCAAUUUAUGAAGACAAACAAGAUGAUAAUGCAGCCUUACGCACCUUUCAUUCAAAUAAUUUAAUGCAAAUUCCAGUUAAUGGCAACUUAACUGAAGAAUCUAUUGGACUUUUUGUAUAUCUUUUUGUGUUAGGUGAAUUAUGUGAUGCCUAUCUAAAUAGAACUAUUGAUCACAAAACACGUAUUGAAAUGGUAUUGCCAGGAAUAAUAGAUACCAGUAGAGAUUGUAAUUCGGCAGCAGGCUAUGUUUUUGACAUAGAUGGCACUUCAUUACCUCAUGAAACAAUUGAAAUACUUCGCACUUGGCCUACCACUGAUGAUAUCAAAGAAUCUACUGUAAUUGCAUUUAAUGAAGCCAUGUCCUUAGCAAACUACCUUCAUAUAAAGCAUAAUGAAUACACAAUCCCACCAAUUAUUACAUCCACAGAAAAUAUGAAUAAUGCUUUUUCAGAAGAUAAUGGAGAUCAAUAUUGUGAAAUAAAUGACUCUUCCAAUGAAUUAAAUUUAGAAUCUAUAUCACUAACUGGUAAUGCAGCUUUGGAAGUAGCUUGCUUAUUAUCAAACUUCCCUGAUAUUCAAUACAUUCAGAAUUCUCAAGUUGUUCCUGUUGCAUUUCAACCAUUUCAAUUAUUCAUUGCAAAUAAUGUUUUAGAUAUUACAGCUAUUUUAGAAAUUCGUAAAAGUCAUGAUGCAUUUUCUCAUAAUCUUCAAUCUAAUUUUACUAAUUCACAACAAAUAAUAAAUACAAAUAAUAGUGCUACAAAUGGGAACACUUUUAAUAGAAUUAUUACAGAAAUAGCAGCAAACAAUGUUAAUGAAGUUCAAAGAAGACAACGUCGGGAUUGA